GAAAUUGAGCCCUUUUGAAAUGCAGAUUUCAGCACAAUCGAUGGGCAAUUGACAGGAAGAGAUCCAGGCUCUGGUCUCUGAUAAACUCCAAGUUUCCUUCAAGUGGCAGAGUUGCAAUCUUUUGGUGUCAUGAAAUGUUGCAAAGAGAUGCUAAGCAAGAAUUUGAUGGCAAUAGCUCGGUUUAGGUGUACAGUGUUCAAGGAUGCAUUGCAAAUUAUUGUGAGCUGCACUCUGGAAUGCUGAAAUUUUCCAGGCUUCAAGAGUUUUCCUAGAGUAGCAGACUUCAAAGUAUUAUGUGUGCUAUACAAAAGGACAUGAUUCCCAGUCAUCUUGGUUGUUUAAAUUGGGUCCAUUUUUCUAAGGGUUGUAAAGGGUGGAUUUGGUUUCAUAUGGUUUCAAGGCAUUUGAAAUGUCCUUUUUGUGUCUUUGUUAUGAUCCACUGAAGCUGUUGGACAUCUUGAGGAGCAAAAGAUUGAUGGUCAUAGAUUCAGUGCAGAGAACCAAUUUGAGGCAAUGUCUUGCUUGGUGCAAUCCCUGAUUCCUGGGGAGAAGGAAAAUCUUUUCAUGGAAUUACUCCCAUGAAGAUCUUCAAUGCUGAGGAGUAUAAUGCAUCAAUUGAGUACUACUGGGAGCCCUUCAUUAUGGAGUCUAAUUUAAACCAUGCAAAAAAUCAUACUGUCCUGAGAUGGCUGGUGAACCUUGAUGCCAAGGCCAAAAAUGGCAAGAGCUAGGAAGGAGUUGAUGCAAGGGAGUUUGAGAGCUAUGUCAGCCUAAGAUUGAUGCUAAAUAUAGAAGCACUGGGGAGGAAGGAUGUCAGAUUACAGAUGAGAAAGGAAUGUGCAACCUAUGGCAUCAUGGCAACCUCCUCAAGGAGAUUCCAUUAAGAGCAAUACUGAUGCAGCAAUACCACAAGGGGAAGGCAUAGCCAGGUUUGGAGUUGUCCUUAGGAAAUUGACAGCAAAGUAAUAGGAGCAGUGCAAAGAACUUGUAGGUUUCAAGGAUCAGUUUCAAGCUGAGGUUAUGGCUAUUGAUUUUGCAUUGGGGAUGGGCGGAGAAUUUGGACACGGCAAUUUUAUCAUUGAAUCAGAUUGUGUUCAAGUCAUACAAGUAGCCAUGUCUAACAAUGAUUGUUAUUUUCCUUUAGGAGCAAUUGAGGAGGAACUUCGAGCUUAGAAAUUCCAUUUUUUUCUCUAUGUUUCCAACAUCUAAAGCGUGAGUGUAACUUGCUGGCACACAGGUUGGCUCAGCUACAAUCCUUUCUCCUCCAUAGGAGGGUGUUUGCAAAUAAGGAAUGCAAAAUCAAGAUAUUUGAUACAA